AGAGAGGGAGAGCCGCAGCAGCCCGCGCUGGUCUCGGACUUCAGAUCAGAACUGAUCACUGAUCGGUUAUUUCUCCUAAUCGAUUGACCGGAUGCGCUGCUGACGUCACGGACCCUCCUGUCGUUGAUUGGAUUAAAUGAUCGUUAAUUAAACCGUCACGUUUCUCUCGCUCGGCUCCGGCAGGGCGCCACCUACCGGCGGCGGGCACCAUGGGUUUCUACGGGAGCCUGAAGCUCAUCUUCUACAAAUGUUUCCCUCUGGAGCAGAACCUGGUUCAGUUUGAUCCAGACCCAGAACUCCUCUUCUGGUCUGAGGAACCGUUCACACCUGAUGUUCAGGUUCAGACUGAACUGAAGCUCUGAACCAAACCAGGUGUUUCUAGUGAUUCUAUUGAUAAAUCAGUGGAUAGUUGUGUGUCUGUGUGUCUGUGCGUGUGUGUGUCUGUGCGUGUGUGUGUGUGUGUCUGUGUGUGUUUGUCUGUGCGUGUGUGCAGCAGCUCUAUUUUAGUCGGGCACUGCUCCGGCGACAUUUCAUUCACUGUGAGCGACUCCGACCGGAAACAGAUGAUUCAGAUUGUGCGACGCUGAAUUUGUGUGACUUGACAUUAUCUGAGUUAAAAGAAACACACACAAACAUGUUCUCUGUUGUUGUGUCACAGUAACAAGCUGACGUGUUUCCUGUUCAGAUCAAACCAGGAGUCAAACUGAAACCUUGAGAAGUUAGUUAGUUGUUCCAUUGACACAGAGACCAGAUGUCUCCAGCCUGUCUGUCUUCUGUCUUCUGUCUUCUGUCUCCCCCUCAGGUGAAGAGGAAGUUGGAUCAUGGUCCAGACGCUCGUCCGUUUCCUUCGGGGAAGAAACUCUGUAAAGGCGGCGGAUUCCUCAGGCCCCCCCGUCCGGUUCAGGUCACGCCCACCACCUUCUGCGACCUGCGACUGGCCAAUGGGCAUUCAGCUCAGAGGCGGCAGGUGACCUCGGGUCCGCCCCCUUCCGGCCUACAGGACUGGCUUCACACCUUCAAGAUGUGGAGUGGCCCUGAGAGGCUAUUGGCUCUGGACGAGUUGAUUGACAGAUGUGAGACCAAUCAGGUGAAGCACAUGAUGCAAGUGAUCGAGCCGCAGUUCCAGAGAGACUUCAUAUCAAUGUUGCCCAAAGAGUUGGCCCUGUAUGUGCUGAGGCUCCUGGCUCCCAGGGAUCUGGUGCAGGCGGCUCAGACCUGCAGGUCCUGGAGGAUCCUGGCUGAAGACAACCUGCUGUGGAGGGAGAAGUGUGGAGAGGAAGGUAUAUCAGAGGGCGUGGCCUCUCGUCACAGGAAGUGUGGGAGGUCGGGGGGGGCGGCGGUAAGUCGAUGGAAGUCUACUUACAUCCAACAACACCGCGUGGACAACAACUGGAGGAGGGGCGACGCACAGGAGCCCAUGGUGUUGACAGGUCACGAUGAUCAUGUGAUCACUUGUCUCCAGUUCAGUGGCGACCUGAUCGUCAGCGGCUCCGACGACAACACACUCAAAGUGUGGUCGGCCACCAGCGGCAAGUGUCUGAGGACACUAGCAGGUCACAGCGGGGGGGUGUGGUGCAGCCAGAUGGCCGUUGCCAUGGUGAUCAGCGGCUCCACCGACCGAACCCUUCGCGUGUGGGACGCAGAGACGGGGACAUGUGUCCACACGCUGAGGGGACACACGUCCACUGUGCGCUGCAUGCACCUGCACGGCCACCGCGUGGUGUCGGGCUCUCGGGACUCGACCCUGCGGGUGUGGGACGUGUGGAGCGGCCGCUGUGAACACGUGCUGAGCGGACACGUGGCCGCGGUGCGCUGCGUUCAGUACGACGGGCGCCGCGUGGUGUCGGGGGGGUACGACCACAUGGUGAAGGUGUGGGACCCAGAGACGGAGGCGUGUCUACACACACUGCAGGGACACACAAACAGAGUGUACUCACUACAGUUCGAUGGCGUGCUGGUGGCGAGCGGCUCGUUGGACACGUCCAUCAGAGUCUGGGACUCAAACACAGGUGGGUGUGUCCACACGUUGACCGGCCACCAAUCACUGACCAGCGGCAUGAAGCUGAGGGACAACGUCCUCGUCUCCGCAAACGCAGACGCCACCGUCCGAGUGUGGGACGUCCGGACGGGACAGUGUCUCCACACGCUGGAAGGUCCUAACCAGCAUCAGUCUGCUGUGACGUGUCUUCAGUUCUGUGGACGUCUCGUCUUGUCCAGUUCAGACGAUGGGACGGUCAAACUGUGGGACCUGCAGAGCGGCGCCUGGCUCAGGGACCUGGUGGCGCUGCAGAGCCGGGGAUCAGGGGGUGUGGUCUGGCGAAUCCGAGCGUCCGACACUCGGCUGGUGUGCGCCGCCGGCAGCAGGAACGGGUCGGAGGAGACCAAACUCCUGGUGCUGGACUUCAACGGGGACGAGACGAAGGACGAGACGGACUGAGGAGGCUAGGACACUACGUCUCCUCAGUGAGGUGUCCUGAUUGGCCAGAAGACAAGGAGCAGGAACGUCACUGAAGAACUGGACAACUCAGCGCGGUGCGAGCGGCAGCAACCAAUGAAUGAUUGACCAACAGGAAGUGGAUUAUCAACAGGAAGUGGAUUAAUCUCAAAGACGGCCCGGCUGAGACAUUUGGACGAAUGUGAUGUAUCGUCAAACGGAUACAUUCACGUGAUGAAUUAACAACUUGUAUCGCUGCUGAACCAAUGGGGACGUCACUGUUUAAACCGACCAAUCAAAGUGGACCAACUGUCGACUUCUGGAGACGCAGGUUCAGACAGAAACUCGUGUUUCAUUUAAUCAACACGUCGAGUUUGUGAAAGAAACCUGAAGCCGUUUUUCAGUAAACGUUGUUUUCACCUCAUGAAAAUAUGAAACGAAUCUGAACAUGAGACGCACGUUCACGUCAAAACUUUGACUCCAACUUUAUAUUUGUCUUUCGAACCUACAAACAUUCAGUUUAUGAUGAAGGAAAUAUUAUUUCAUUAAGUUCAUGAGUUUUAUUUAAACAAACAAUCAAACACAAGAUUUGAAAAAAAGAAACAAACACAUUUGAGAAUCUUUUUUUUAAAUCUGUUUAAAACAGCUACUCAUUAAUAAUUAAUUGACAGACGUGACGAGCUUCAGUCACUUAUGAAUACAUUUUUCAUGGCUCAACUUAAAAUUUCCACAAUGUGAAUUAAAUUUGUUUCACAGCUAAUUUAAAUAUCUAAUAUUUUGUCUUUGCUUCCACACGACACCUCUCUGAUGAAAUAUUAAUGAAUUCAUUCAAAAACAACGAAGCAGAUAUUAAUAGAAUAAAGUGCUGUUGCCAGGCAACACGCUGGCCAAUGUAAAUAACUGUAAAUACAGAGGAUGUAAAUAUUCAUGUUUUAUAGAAAGAAAGCAAAAAUAUCAAUAAAGACCAGUUUUGUAAAA